GUCCCAGUUUAGCCCUGUGAGAAACUGUUUGUGAAUAACCACCUAUAACAUCCACGGCCCACUCACCUUCCUCAGUGAGGUGUGUUAGAAUGUAAACAAUGUGUCAGCUAGCACGGAAAUAGGUUGCAGGUAGAAUGUCAGAUCAAGACUUGACUGACUGGAAAGGGCUGGAGUCACGGCUGAGGGCCACUCCCACUGAUGUGUGCAAGGCAAAAAAUGUAUUCUACAAUGACCUUAAAGGACCUUUUAUUCUAAAGAAAACCACAGCUCUUCUAUCCAAAAUAUAUCGGUAUGAAGAAUGCGGAAGCUGAGAAGGUUUAAAUUCAUGAACACAAAGUUCUGCUCUUCAUAGGUCAGUGAGAUCUGCUGAAUAUCUUUUUCUAUGCCGGGAUGGGAAUGUUGACGCUACUCGUCUUAAUAACUACAGUUGGCAAGGCUUUCGGUGCUGCAGAUUAUUCGGUGUGCGGCUCCCCGUUGGUGUCCGGUCGGAUAGUUGGCGGUACAGAUGCGUUGGAUGGGGAGUGGCCCUGGCAGGUCGCUAUUAUAGAUAUUGAAGGAAAUCUACGAUAUACAUGUGGGGGCUCCCUGAUCUCACCGGAGUGGGUUAUGACUGCAGCACAUUGCAUCAACAAACCUAUCCAGGAAUCAAAUUAUAAAGUAUAUUUGGGCCUGUACCGGCUGGGUGAGGUCAGUUCUCAUACAGUUGUUGCCAAUGUAAGGAAUAUCAUUGUCAACAAUAAUUUUACAAGUGAUGGAGAUCCCGGGGACAUCGCCCUGGUACAGCUGGCCACACCUGUCAACUAUACUCAAUACAUCAUGCCAAUCUGUCUGCCAUCUUCCACCACCACCUUCCCCUGUGGUACGGAGUGCUGGGUGACCGGCUGGGGUACAAGAUCUUCUGGAGGGAGCUUAAUUCAAGGUGGGGUCCUCCAGGAGGUCAUGGUUCCCCUUAUAGACCGCAAUAUGUGUCAAGCAAUGUAUAACAAUGGGGGAAGUACCGAGAGCAUCCAGUAUGAUCAGAUUUGUGCCGGCUACAAGGAUGGGGGAAAGGACUCUUGCCAGGGUGACUCAGGAGGACCUCUGGUGUGUAAGGUCCAGGGAGUCUGGUACGAAGUUGGAAUCGUAAGCUGGGGAGAUGGCUGCGCCGACAAAUAUUUCCCUGGGGUGUACACCCUGGUUAUGGCCCACCAAAACUGGAUCAGCACCUAUCUGAACGCAACCUUCAGUGAUGUCCCAAACAUCUCCACACCAACACUGCAAUGUGAAGGAGACUUCAAUAGCAAUGGAGGAAGCAUCCAUCUCUUACACGUUCACUGGACUAUCUUGGUUAUAGCUUCUCUUCUGUCCUUCUAUCUAUAACCAGUUACUGUCCACCUACAUAAUCAGUAAACUGCGAUAACUCUAUCUUCAUUAAAUGUGACCAUAUUUCACUUGAA